AUGUACAGUGCAACCCAGCUGGCUGAGGUAGGAUUGAAGUUUAAGAAGAUCACGAGCAAUUCAAGCUAUAUUUGCUCACCACUUGAACUAAAAUAUGCAGACGGAGUGCUGGAAAUCCCAUGCUUUCAGUUAGACAUUACCACGGAGAUUUAUGCACGAAACCUCGUCGCCUUGGAGGAAUGCCACUUUCCGGAAGAUGCAUAUAUUACUGAUUACUAUAUCCUGUUAAGUUUCCUUAUCAAAACAGGUGAAGACAUGGAUUUACUUGUAAGGGAGCAGAUCAUCGCUAAUUGGCUAGAUGGCGUCGUGGCAACUUCCAUGAUCAACAAGCUGUCUGAAAAGAGUUUCUAUUCACAAAUGAACUCUCAUUAUCAAAAGAUGGCUCAAAAUUUGAACGGAUUCUAUGCUAAUCAAUCAAAGCUCACAUGGAGACGUGCUUUAUUUAGCUCGCCUUUGAUCGGUGCUUCUGCCAUAUCCGCUUUUCUUUUGUUGUUGUUCACUUUCGUGCAAUCUCUAUGCUCUCUCCUAUCGCUCAAGUAUUUCUAA